AUGGCUCAGGAGAAACCCGACGAAGAGAAACCUGAGACUGUUGAUGUUCGAAUUCAAGAUCGGAUCCAUGGAGCUGCUUCUCCGGCUCAAUCGCCGACCCGUCUCGGACCAACCCGGUUCUCUGAAGCAGCCGGAGAAACGCCCCGGACAGAUUUCGUCGGGUCGAUUUGGUCUUGGAUCAACGGAGAUCCGAACCGGAAUUCGAAAAAUCCGGUUAAGAGAGGGAAGCGGAAGAGAAUUCGAACGGCGAAAACAGCCGUUGGAGUAAUCGCGCUCGUGGGUUUCUUCAUUUUUGUCAAUUGGUUUAUGCUCUCUCAGCUCCACGAAGGUCGAGCUUGGCUUCGAGUUCGAAGAGGGUUCUCCAAGAAACCGAAUCUAAGUCCAAAACCAAAACCAAACCCAAACCCGGAUCCAAAUCAGAGCCCGGGUGUGAAAAGAGCUUCUGUUAAAGUGUCGGCGUCGGUACAGCAUGGAGAGAAGAAGAAAAAGAUGGGAAAGCCAAAGAAGAAAUACAAUGGAACUUAUGGUAGAUUGUUGGCUUUUGCUGCUCAUGCUUUGGCUGAGGGACAAGACAAACUUGAGCCAAAAGAGUUGUGGAGAGAACCAAAGGACCAAGCUUUAGCUUGGAAGCCUUGUGCUGAUCAACGUUCUUGGAAACCCAACGAUGGAAAAAAUGGAUAUAUAAUGGUAACUGCAAAUGGUGGCAUCAAUCAACAAAGAGUAGCUGUUUGUAACAUUGUGGUUGUUGCUCGGAUGCUCAAUGCGACACUCGUUGUUCCAAAAUUCAUGUUCAGCGAUGUAUGGACCGAUUCAAGUCAGUUUGGAGAUAUCUAUCAGGUGGAACAUUUCAUUAAGUAUCUCUCUCCCGACAUCCGGAUCGUCAAGAAGCUGCCGAAAGAGCUUCAGUCUCUAGACCUCGAGGCCAUUGGCAGCGUCGUCACGGAUAUGGAUGUGAUGAAAGAAGCAAAGCCAGGGUUUUACAUGAAGCACAUUCUUCCUCUUCUACUCAAGAACAGAGUUGUUCACUUCUUCGGAUUCGGAAACCGUUUAGCCUUUGAUCCGAUUCCGUUUCAGUUACAGAGAUUGCGGUGUAGAUGUAACUUUCACGCGCUAAACUUCGUUCCGAAGAUACAAGAGACCGGUGCGAUUCUUGUUCGGAGAUUACGAGAUAGCGGAUCGCAUUUAGCUCCGGUUGAUCCGUACCUCGUCGGUCCAAAGUUUGCAUCUUUCAUACUGGACAAGAAGGCGGGUCCUCUCCAUAAGGCGUCAAAGUAUCUAGCAGUCCAUCUCCGGUUUGAAAUCGACAUGGUUGCUCAUUCUCUUUGUUACUUCGGAGGCGGCGACGCGGAAAGAACAGAGCUUGAUGCUUACCGGGAAAAGCAUUUCCCGACUCUUGCGAAUCUAACAAAGACGAAAAAAAUGCCUUCGCAGGAAGAUUUGAGGACGGAAGGGCUUUGUCCGUUAUCACCGGAAGAAGCCGUGCUUAUGCUCGCCGGUCUCGGUUUCAACCGCAAGACCCGAGUUUUCGUGGCCGGAGCAAAUAUCUACGGUGGGUCGAAACGGUUAGCCGCGUUAACGAGUCUCUACCCGAAUCUCGUCACGAAAGAGAAUGUUCUCUCUGAAACAGAGCUUGAGCCUUUCAAGAACCACUCAUCUCAGCUAGCGGUUCUUGAUUUUAUUGCUUGUGCUGCAUCGGACGCGUUUGCGAUGACGGAUUCGGGGAGUCAGCUGUCGUCUCUGGUCUCCGGUUACCGGAUUUAUUACGGAGCAGGGAAGAUGCCGACGAUCAGACCGAACAAACGGAGCUCAAAAAUCAAAAUGCCUCAUCCUCCUCCUCACCGUCCUCCUCCUCCUAUCUACCACCCACCACCACCAAGACCACCACAUCCUGAGCCGCAACCUCCUCCUCCUCCGCCUCCUCCGGGACCUCAGCCACCACCUCCACCUCCCGGAGCUGCCUGGUUUCCAAGACCUUUUGGGCCUCACCCACCUGGACCACCAUAUUGA